GCUCCAAUUGGACUAUCGCGAUACUGGCAGAAUUGUUUGUGUGAAUACAUUGUGGUGUUUUUGACAAUUCAAUUUGCUGUCACACUGCUUAGUCUUGGUGUAAUUCCGGAUGCGUGUUUAUAUUUAUUUAAUGUUUCGUAAAUAGUUUAUCCAAAUUAAUUAGUGCAGUAUGUUUGAAAAGAAAAAACAGGCCGAGCACAAGCCCAGAGACGAUGGCAUUGAGCUGGAGAAUCAGUUUAUUAUGCGGUUUCCGAAGCAUCUUGCGAAUGCUGUGCAUGAAUCAAUACAAGCUGGCACUGUUAAGGAUCGAUUGAGCAUUCAGCUGGAUCAGGAUCUGCGCUAUGGCGAAGUGCGUCUAGAUGACCAGUUGCUGUAUGCCAAAAUCGUGGACUUGCCCACAGUGAUGGAGAGCUACAAGACGAUUGAUAACAAGAGUUUCUACAAGUCAGCUGAUAUUUGCCAGCUGCUAAUCUGCAAGGAGGAGCCCGAGGAUGAGACGGAGAAGGAAUCACCCAACAAGAACAAGAAGAAGGAUCCCAAUAAGGUGGACAAGAAGUAUUUGUGGCCACACGGUAUAACGCCGCCUUGCAAGAACGUAAGAAAGCGGCGCUUCCGCAAGACACUGAAAAAGAAGAACGUAGAGACGCCGGAGAUCGAGAAGGAAGUGAAGCAUUUGCUGCGCAUCGACAACGAAGCUGUGCGCGUCGACUACGAGAUCAUCAAUGAGGAGGACAAACCGAGUGAUGAGCUGGAUCAGUCCGACAUUAAGGUGUACAACGAGGCAGACGAAGAUAUGCAAGAUGACACGAUGCAUGCCAGCGACAAGACGGUCAAUGAAAGUGCUUCGCAACGUGACAUCAACGUGGAGUCAGAUGACGAAGAGACGAGCAACUUUGAUACCCAUCGUGCUCCCAAUAUGGGCGUGGCGGCACAUGACAUUUUCGGCGAGGAAGUGUCCACAACAGAUGAUGAAGAUGAGCCCACAAUGCCAGGCAACGAGUCGCGCCCGCAGCGUCACGAACUCGAGGAGUCUUCUCGUCUUUCUGCCGACGAUUCGCGUAUGUCAGAUUUCUUUGGAGCCAGCGGCAGCGGCGGUGCCGGCGCCAACAGCAGCGUCAAGAUUGAGGACAACGAGUUCAACAAGUCUAUGUUUGGACGUGAGGGUAGCAGCCCCAAGCUGAGUGCAGCAGGCUCUAGUUCUAAUCUUGCUGCACCGAGUGGCUUCUAUGAUAAUCAAAUGAGCAAGCGCGAAGAGUUCGAGAAUCUUGAUUUCAUGGAUGAACCUCAACCGCAAUACACACAGCAACAAAUACAUGAGAAGAUUAAUCAGCUUACCCGACAAAUUGCCGAUCUGAAGGCGCAACAAUCGCAGAAAUCCACCGAGAUUGCUUCUAUUCAGAAUAACACAUUGAAGCAGCGGAUGCAGGAGACGCUUGACAAUCUGUAUACUCAGGUCAUUGAACGCGAACUGGAGCUGAAGGACUUCGAGACAAUGCUUGAGCAAUGAAAUUUUAUUUGAAGCAUUUUUAUUAGUUAAGAGAAUUUAAAGUUAAGUUGAAAUUCAUGAAAAAUUUUUGAUGGCAAAUAUUAAAACUUAUUAUCAAAACCUAUAUUACUUUAAA